AUGACUUCCUUCAUCCUCCCACCGCGGCACAGCACAACAGGUCCCCGCAAGCGGAGCGCCUACUGCUCCAUCCUAACACACGUCGUCCGCGCCGCGGCCGACGCCCACGAAGCGCUGGAGUUAUUCGGAGCGCUCGUGCGCGGCGAGACAGCUCACGGCUUGUCCAGCUUUGAUCCGCACGUCGGGGAGUCGGCGUGCCAUCUGCGGGCGACGAUGAUGUGGGAAGUGUACCGCGCCUGUAGUCGAGAGAACCAGAUGGUCAGUGCGGAUGGGAGCGCGCGUCUCGUUGACGGGGUUGACGCGGCGGCUGCGCAUUUUGCUCUCCUCCGGAAAAGCGCAGAGCUUGCAUGCGCAAAGCUGAGUAUAGGUCGCGCGAGUCCUGGCGUGGUCGGCCUGGGGAAUAGAGAUGACACGCCGGAAAACAUUGUGAGAAUCGCCGCAGAGAGCCGGGAACACGCUUCCGACCGCGGCAACGGCACUCUCAGAAUGAACGGCCAUUUACUAGCGCCGUCCAGCUCCAUGAAGCUUCACGAUGCCCAGAGCUAUCCUCCGGCCUGGAACCUCCGAGAUACAGACAUCCUCGUCCGAUUCAUCGUGUACUCGCUAGCACGCGACUCGGUCCAAGUAUCUGCCAAGGGCAUGGCCGCUACUGCUUGCUUCCCGACGUACCUCCUCGUCCGGGACUUUUGGGCGAGAUCCAACUGCGGCAUCGUCCUCGUCGACCGACACUUUUGUCCUAAAGGUUUUCAUUACAAUCUGUUGACAGUCAGACUCCGGCACCGUCCAGGGCGCCGUCGGUAUGAGCGGGACCUGUCCGCGCCGGUAUACUGGGAUGUCGAAGAAACAAGCGUAGAGAGGCUCAGCGAAGCAGACGACAAUGAGCCUCACAUUAUCGUUGUGGGCAACAGCAUCGACGGAUCGAGCACAGACUACCUCACGCGACUUGCCUCUGGCACGGCAUUACAGCUUUCGCGCUUACACCACGACGACACCUGCCCAGAAGCUGUAGCCCACGCGCGCAAGCUGCGAUUCACGGACCACGAGCGCCUUGCCAAAGCCUCGUUCGCCGCGCAUCCAUCCUACUGCAUCGAGCUGGAAGACCGGCCCAACGAGCCGGACAUCAUCAAUGACUUGCUGGAACAGGCGGGACAGAGCAACAGCAUCGAUACGUUCAGACACAUGUGGGAGCGCUGCGCCGCGGAGCUCGGCGCGCUGGGCGGUGGGCAGGAAAGCCUGCGCAUGUUUUGCUGGCAGCACGUCUUUGCGGAAACGAAGCGCGGCCUGGCAGAGAUGCUGCGGAACUGGAUCAUGCACGUCGAGAUGGACUCCAACUAG